GGGCCUGGCCCCAGCAGACCCAAGAUGAUGCCCUCCGUGAAGCUGCUCAUUCUAUCUGGUGUCCGGAGAGGCCUUGGGCCUCUACUGUCUGACCCCUGGAACCAGAUCCAAGCUGCCUCGGCCAGUGGGACAGACAGGCCUUGCUCACAGGGGUCUGGAUUACUCAGGGGGAGGCUGGGAAAAGCAGGGGUUAGUCCAGGGCGCCUAUCUAGGCCUCUGGCCAUGGGCGCUGCUGAGGCCCGAGCAGCCGCAGGACUACAUUUCCCAGAAUUCCCCGAAGCCCGUGAGUGAGCCAUUGGAAGAUUUAAAUAGCCCAGGUCUGAGGCAACCUGGCCGCAGCUGUGGAUCGUCAGCCUCUCCAGUGGCUCCAUUGGCGCUGGCCUGCGGUGGUGGGCUCGAUUGGCUGCCCAGCUGGCACUGACGUCCCCUUGGAGCUGGUGGCAGCCAGAGGUAAACAGCCAUGUGCAAUCCUCCACUCUAUAUUUAACAGCUGCCGCGGAGCAGACAGGGAGGCAGGGAGCGGUGGCCGCUCUUGUCUUCAGGGAGAAGGCCUUGCAGCUGGGCUGGCACCAGCCCUCGCGCGUGAGCGUCACCAUGCCAGCGUCCCAGAGCCGGGCCCGCGCCCGGGACCGCAACAACGUCCUCAACCGGGCCGAGUUCCUGUCCCUGAACCAGCCCCCCAAGGGGGCCACGGAGCCCCGCAGCUCUGGCAGGAAGGCCUCGGGCCCCUCGGCGCAGCCCCCACCCCCUGGCGAAGGGGCCCGUGAGCGGCGCCAGUCACAACAGCUGCCCGAGGAGGACUGCAUGCAGCUGAACCCCUCUUUCAAGGGCAUCGCCUUCAACUCCCUGCUGGCCAUUGACAUCUGCAUGUCCAAGCGGCUGGGGGUGUGCGCCGGCCGGGCCGCAUCCUGGGCCAGCGCCCGCUCCAUGGUCAAGCUCAUUGGCAUCACGGGCCACGGCAUACCCUGGAUUGGGGGUACCAUCCUCUGCCUGGUGAAGAGCAGCACCCUGGCUGGCCAGGAGGUGCUUAUGAAUCUGCUUCUGGCCCUGCUCCUGGACAUCAUGACAGUGGCCGGCAUGCAGAAGCUCAUCAAGCGGCGUGGCCCGUUCGAGACCAGCCCCAGCCUCCUGGACUACCUCACCAUGGACAUCUACGCCUUCCCUGCCGGGCACGCCAGCCGAGCAGCCAUGGUGUCCAAGUUCUUCCUCAGCCACUUGGUGCUGGCGGUGCCCCUGCGCAUCCUGCUGGUGCUCUGGGCCUUCUGCGUGGGCCUGUCACGCGUGAUGAUCGGACGUCACCAUAUCACGGACGUCAUCUCGGGCUUCAUCAUCGGCUACUUUCAGUUCCGCGUGGUGGAGCUGGUCUGGAUGUCCUCAAACACCUGCCAGAUGCUCAUCUCCGCCUGGUGAGCCACCCGCCUGCGGCUCCAGGGCCGGGGUGGUGGAGGCAGGCGGCAGGAGGUGGCGGGACCGGAGAGGCCCAUCGUGGUUGGAGGCUGGCCUGCCUGGUCACCACGCGUCGGGUAGCACCCGGUGCCCCUGCUCCUCCAGCUGUACUUCAAGGCUCUGCCUAGGCAGGCCGGGGCCCGGCUGCGGGGCGGCCCUGCUUAGCUUCUGCUCCGGAGAUGACAGACAGAGCCGAGGAGGUGGGAGGGGGGCCGCAUCUCGUCUGGUCCUUUCACGGUCGUGACUGUUGAGUCCUCAGCUGUGCCCAUCACGCCACAGCACGAUGCCCAGCAACAUGGCCCCCACCUGCUGCCCACACAGGUGCCAUUGCUAUUAGCAGUCAUCAAGAGCUGUGGACAGCAUUUCCCAAAGGGUACCCACCGGACACCAGCCUGCAAGACACUUUGGGAAAGAAAAGGCUUUUGUGGUCAAAUAAGUUUGGGAAAUGCUGCAUAUUCGGCCCCCAUGUUGGACAUUCUUAAGGCCAUGACUGUUGUAAAGGACCUGAUAAGUCCUGUGGGAAAGCUUCCUGUCCAACCUUAUUUGACCCCAUGUUUCCUAAAGUUAUUUGGCCACAGAACCCUUUUCUAGCAGAAGAGCUAUUAACCCCCAAGGAACCGCCAUUUCCUCAAGCCCAUUUUGAGAGAUGCUGCCCCUGAGCUGAGGGGUGAGCUGGCCUCUCCCAGCACCCAGCCCCAGCCUGGGGCGACCAGGCGUCCGUGCCGCCUGCAGAAAGGCCACGGCCAUGGUAUCGGUGCCACUUUGGCCCCCAGGGGCUGGACUCCACGUGACCUAAUAGGUCGUUUCCAAGUAACCCGUUAUGGAUGCGCAUUUCAUGUGACAAUACAGGUGAUAUGCAAACAGGC